AUGCGUUGCCAAUGGGGAAGUGAGACUAUAGCCCAAGCUGUGGUGAUCUUGACCCUUGGAUGUCGUCCAAGUGUCGAGUCGGCUGAUAGUGCGCCGGUGAGAGCUGUCAACUUCGGCCGCGGGGUCGUGGCGGGGUCCUUACACCCUCUGGGCCCAAGAGCGGGUCUUCAACAGCUGUUCAGAUGGGCCUGGUGGGCCUGCCAGCUGCGAAGGCAACACUCGACGGGAUCGGGAGCUGUUCAGAGGGCGGUGACGGUCCAGGGCAGUGGAGUGUAG